AUGAAGAAAAGAAAGCAGGUACAAGAAGAAGUGCUUCCUGAGAAGGAGAAAAUUCUGGACAAGCUGGAGCUAAGCUUGAUUCACAGCAGAGGGGAUGGCAGUGAUUUCAGGCCAGAUGACACCAAAGUGGAGGAGAAGGAGCCCCUUGAAACACAGCAAAAUGGUGACAAAGAGGAAGAUGAGGAGGGGAAGAAGGAGGACAAGAAUGGGAAGUUCAAAUUCAUGUUCAACAUUGCAGACGGGGGCUUCACAGAGCUGCACACACUGUGGCAGAAUGAGGAACGUGCUGCUGUGUCCUCGGGGAAAAUCUACGACAUCUGGCACCGGCGCCAUGACUACUGGCUGCUGGCCGGCAUCGUGACGCACGGCUACGCCCGCUGGCAGGACAUCCAGAAUGACCCGAGAUACAUGAUCCUCAACGAGCCCUUCAAGUCUGAGAUCCACAAGGGUAACUACUUGGAGAUGAAGAACAAGUUUCUGGCCCGCAGGUUCAAGCUGCUGGAACAGGCGCUGGUCAUCGAGGAGCAGCUCCGGAGGGCCGCGUACCUUAACAUGACCCAGGACCCCAACCACCCCGCCAUGGCCCUCAACGCCCGCUUGGCUGAGGUGGAGUGCCUUGCUGAGAGCCACCAGCACCUGUCCAAGGAGUCCCUUGCCGGGAACAAGCCGGCCAAUGCCGUCCUGCACAAGGUCCUGAACCAGCUGGAGGAGCUGCUGAGUGACAUGAAGGCGGAUGUGACGCGCCUGCCCUCCAUGCUGUCCCGCAUCCCCCCGGUGGCUGCCCGCCUCCAGAUGUCGGAGCGCAGCAUCCUGAGCCGCCUGACCAACCGAGCCGGUGACCCCACCAUCCAGCAGGGCGCUUUCGGCAACUCCCAGAUGUACAACAACAACUUUGGGCCCAACUUCCGGGGCCCUGGACCGGGAGGGAUUGUCAACUACAACCAGAUGCCCCUGGGGCCCUAUGUGACCGAUAUCUAGCUGUCCCCGCGAUUUCCCUCUGUUGCAGUGCUCAUUUCCAGCUGAGCCGCGCCUGCCGGGCCACCUGCCCAACCCCCACAGGAGAGAAAAGCUACCGCCUUUUUAGGAGCCAUGCCAUCUUGGGACGGAAAGGGAAACUGAAUAAUGCCAUCGCAUGGGGGACGAGGCCCAGCCUGGCUGGGCUGGAGCCCAGAAGUGCCACCUCCUCAUCAUGCCAGUGUCCCACCCAGCGUCACACCCACCCCACACCGGGACGUACCCCUUGGCCACCUUUGCCGGACAACUUCUUAGAGGAGAUUUCAUUUAUUUGUACAUCUUUUGCACUUUCCUAUUGAAGACUUGAACGAGUCUGUCUUGAUAUAAAAGUUGAGUGACGUAUGGAGGGGUCUAACCUGCAGCACUCACGUCUCUCUGUCAACGGGCUCCAGACUUCAAAGGAAGAUCCUAGAAACGCUGCUGCUGGCCCCGGGGACUUGGCCCGCCUGGGGAGCCCUCUGUGUGCCCCGCCCACCCCAUCCCGUCCGUGUGGCCUGACUGCCCCUCGGGGGUCCCCAGGGCUGGAUGGGUCAGGAGUGGGGAGUGGCUGCCCAGCCCCCAGGGUAGAGACCUCAGCUGGUGCCCGGGGCUGGGGCUCUCUUCCACCCCCUUCUUGCCGGGGCUGGAGACCACCAGGUAUGUGCUAUCUCGGUGGGGGAGGGGAGCCUGUCAGCAGGUGUCUGUCCCUGGCCCAGCACGUCUUGCAGGCCCUGGACUCUGUUAGCAGAGCGGACGGCUGUCGUGCUGCGUGGCCACAUGCAGCCUGUGCUCCGGGGAGGAGGGGAGGAGCGGAGCCCACGCACGUAGCAUAAGGGCUGUGAGAGCCUGUCUCGGCCUCUGCGGGAAGGGGCUUGCCCUCUGUUGCGGUGUGGUUAGCGUCCUAGCAGGGCAGGUCACUGUGGCACUGAGGGUGGCCCCGGAGACCCUGGUCCUGCCCUGUGCCCCGGGAGGCCCAUCACAUCCCCCUCUAGGUACACACUCCCCGUUCAGUCUCAUGGCCACAGAUGCAAAGAAGCUGGACCACCCCUUGGGGCCCAGACUUAUCCCUGUCCUCCUGUCCCUGGAGAGGCCCCUGCUGUGUUGUCGGAGGGCCUGGGGAAAGCUGGGCUUGGAGGUGGGGGGCUGGACCUGAUGGCUGUCCAGCCCUCUGAGCUGGAGCCUCCAGGCUUCCUGCCUCGUCUUCUCUGGGGAACCCCCACUGGCCCCCCUCCCGCACUCAGCCGGUGGUCUCCCAUGAGGAGACCCUGGGCUUGUCUAUGUCCGAUGCUUCCUCUGCCUGGCUCAGCCUGGAAGGGUUUUCCCAGCCUUGGGCAAGGGGCUUCCUGGGGAAGUGUCCUGGCUACAGAAUCCAGGAGGGGCCAAGAUUUGGGGGUCUCUCUGGGGGCCUCUUGGGCAAUCAGCCAGCCCUCAUGGGGUCCCGGGUGCUCUCUGUAAAUGGCUGUGAACCCCUUGAGGGCUGGACCCCAAAGCCUUUUCCAUCUUGGUGUCCCCUCGCUUCAGUCUCAGAACCUCCCAGGCCGAGUCGGCCCCGGCACUGCGGGGGGGGGGGCGGGGGGCGCGGUGGUGAGCACUCUGAAGGCGGCACCCAGCUUUCCAGGACGUGCAUGAUGCAGCGCUGCCCUCGCCUUCUGGGAAGGGCAGGGUCGCCCCAGUCCGCUGGGGUUCCUGUGGGUGCCGCGCGCACAGCCUCCUGGUUCAGGCCUCUGGCGAGGUGACCACAUGAGCCCCCUCCCAACCCUCCCAACCCAGAGCCCCGUGACACUCCCUCCCAGACCCCCGGUCAGCCCUGGGGCUGGCCUCACUGGGCACAGUGCUGGCCCUCCACCUCGGCCACAGUGGGUGGGUCUUGAGUGCCCAGCCAGGAGGCCCACGGUGGUGGCAGGGCAGGGGCCCGCAUCUCCACUGCCUUGCCCCAAGGGCUGUUGGUCCCCCUGCUGUCAGUCCUUCCUCCCCAGAAAGCCUCCUGCUGUCGCCCCAUCUUUGCUUCCAUGCCGGGCCUCCCCCUCCUCUACUGGGCCGGAUCUGGGUGUGUGCAAUGGCCAGGUCUGGGAAGGGCUCAGCUCUCCACGACCAGCACCUGGAGGCGCGGGAGGGGGGCUUCGGGCAGUUGGGGAGGGGGUUUCUGGUCGGCUGGUUUGGGAGAGGAAAAUGGAUCUCAGACUGUUUUCUUCUUAGUUUAUCAGUUACCUCCUGCCACGAGUGGUGGCGGGGGAGAGGGGCGUCCACGGUCUUUGGCAUCUUCCGGCUGGGUUUGGUUUUUGCUGCUGACAGAAUGAGGGGCUUUGUGUACAAGCAGAAUCCUACAGCGUCAGCCCGCAUUUUUGUUUCCAGCCACCCUAUUAUUUAAACCAGUGCUGAGUAGGCUUUCUGUCGAACCACCUUUGGGCCUCAGUUUCAGAACGCAUUGCCUGCUGGGCUCCCAGGUGACGAGAGGCGCAUGGGCUGGACCGACCAUGUCCGGAGGGCCCCGCUCUCGCACAUACUGCCCCGCAAGUGCAGUCCCUGUGAGGAGACCCUCUCUGCAAGCCCCCUUCAGAAGCUCCUUGGCCUCCUGCAAGUUACGACCAAGGUCGUGCUGAUACCCACACCUGGUGCAGGUGCCUGCCCUCCUGCUCUCCGGGGGUCCCUUUCCAGGGUCCUCUGGGGCCUCUCUGAGCCGUGGUUUCCCCACCUGUAGAACAACACCACUAGGAUGACCUAGCACCCCCCCAGGAGGCUGUUCUGAGGACUGUCAGAGAGAACAGGUGCGAAGCUCUCAGUAGAAGAGCUGGGGCUCAGCUAGCGCUCGGCAGCAGUAACUCACAGUCUUGCCCCAGUGACCCUGUAGCUCUUGCUCCCAAGUGUCGGGUCCCAGGGCUCCCAAGUGUCGGGUCCCAGGGCUCUUGAGGGCCUGAGAGGGUCAUGGAGAGGGUGGGCUCAGGGACAGGAGUGCCUCCAGAGCUUGGGCAGGGGGCGGGGCUUGGUGGGGAGGCGGGGCUGUGAGGCCUUGGCCUGGCCACUGCCUCUGGUCCCCCGCCGCGCCUGCGGCUGUCCCGUGCCCGCUGUGGUCUCCAGUGAAGAAGCUGGCUCCCGCCCCAUUUUCUAUUUCCGCAAGUUUACAGGUCGUGGUGCAUCAGCCCAAAGUCAUUGGCGUUGUGUUUUGGGUUUUUUUCUUAGUUUUCAGAUUUUUUUUAAACAAAAGUAUUUUUUUAGGUGCGAUAACCCAGAAAGGGCCCGUUGGGUGUGUGUGUGUGUCCUGAACCCCUGACGUGGAGCUGGGGGCCCCCAGCCCCCCUCAGCUCCUGUGUGCUGGAGGUGAGGGAAGGGUCUUGCCCCCUGUGCGUUGGAGCGUGGGGGGGUAGUGAGGGAGCAGACCCCCACCCAGGUUGGCAUCUGGCCCAGUGAAGGGGGCCGGGCCCCUGGCCCUGGGUACAGCCCCAGGCCCACAAAGGGGCCACGGGCUUUUGGGGUGAGUUGGGAGGGUCCCAGCUGGGAGGGUCCUGGCCAGGGGGCUGGAGCCAGAAGCUGAGCCCCCGGGAGUGGCGACCCGUCCCGUCCUUGGCAGGACACGUGGGCGGCUGGACAGGGACUGCAGCCAACACAAUCCCCUUUACUUUGUACUCUGUGUGUGCGUCUUGGUUUUCUGUGUUUUAAUAAAUCCUUUGGGAAAGGA